CUUUUUGUUAAAACAGCUGUGUUUUUAACGGCAAGUUGCCACAACAGUUGGCAACGCAACAGUGGACUUUAGUACUUUUGCAGUGAUCUCUUUUUUUGUUCAGUCAGUUGGGUUAAUUGAGCGGAGAGUGCUUAGUUGUGCCAAUUUAUUCUUGUAAUUUAUUAAGUUUGAAAAGUUAUUGAAGUGUAAACAACAACAAUAUGUUCAGCAGCAAUACAGCUCGUGGUUUAUUGCGUACCAGUAUCUUACACCGUUGCAAGAGCACCUUGGUAGUGGCCGAGCAUAAUAAUGAGGUAUUGAAUCCUGCCACUUUGAAUACUAUUGCUGCCGCCAAGAAGAUCGGUGGUGACGUCACAGUUUUGGUAGCAGGCACUAAGUGUGGUCCCGCCUCGGAAGCUGUAGCCAAAGUAGAAGGUGUUGCUAAAGUUUUGGUAGCCGAAAAUGAAGCCUUCAAGGGUUUUACUGCCGAAUCCUUGACUCCUUUGGUGGUGGCUGCCCAAAAUCAAUUCAAGUUCACUCACAUUUUGGCUGGCGCCACUGCUUUUGGCAAAAAUGUUUUGCCUCGCGUAGCUGCUAAAUUGGAUGUUUCUCCCAUCUCUGAAAUCAUCGAUGUUAAGAGUGAAGAUACCUUUGUUCGCACCAUUUAUGCUGGUAAUGCCAUUAUGACUUUGCGUUCCAAGGAUCCUGUUAAGGUUAUUACCGUUCGUGCCACCAACUUUGCUCCCGCUGCUGCCUCGGGCGGUAGUGGUGCUAUUGAACAAGCUCCUGCCGGUGAUUAUGCCCAAUCUUUGACUGAAUUCGUUAGCCAAGAAUUGACCAAGUCUGAUCGUCCUGAAUUGACCAGUGCCAAGGUAAUCAUCUCUGGUGGUCGUGGCUUGAAAUCGGGCGACAACUUCAAAUUGCUCUACGAUUUGGCUGAUAAAUUCGGCGCUGCUGUAGGUGCCUCACGUGCUGCUGUCGAUGCCGGCUAUGUGCCCAAUGACUUGCAAAUUGGUCAAACUGGCAAAAUCGUUGCCCCCGAUCUAUACGUUGCUGUUGGUAUUUCUGGUGCCAUUCAGCAUUUGGCUGGCAUGAAAGAUUCUAAGACUAUUGUGGCCAUCAACAAAGACCCAGAGGCUCCCAUCUUCCAAGUAGCCGAUAUUGGUUUGGUAGCUGAUCUAUUCAAGGCAGUUCCCGAAUUAACUGGCAAAUUGUAAAUUGUACAAAAAAAAACAACAUUAAACCCUCCAACAAGUUACAAACUUGUGGUCGAUCGUAAAAUUAACUCCUUGUGUUUUUUGUAGGCGCGGGGAGUGUGAUUGGAACCAAUAGUGCAUUUAAUUAUGAAUUAGCUAAAGUUUAAGUUUAAUGAAAAACAAGUAUAAGUUUUAUUUUUUUUCAUAUUUUUCUAUGCAAAAAAUCAUUACUAAAAGUGUGAAUACUAUAUUUUUUAUCACUUUAAGAAUAAAAAAAAAAGCUUUUCAAAAUCUUAAAAAGAAAACAAAAACAAUUAUACGAUCGACCGACAGACUA